AAGGACUCUGGUGGAGCAGUCAGGAGGUAAAAUGGCCGAGAGUGACCUGCUGGGACCAGGACGAAGAGAAGAACAAACAGGAAGAGAGUCACAUGUGUUCCAAGGAAAGGCCAUGAGAGAGAAGUUGAGUAGGACAGCUCAAGUGCAGAAGAAACAAGCAAAGGGUGAGAGGCUAAAACUUCAGCUGGAUGCUCAGCACCAAGAAAAAGACCCAAGCAUAGGUCUCUCUCCUUACUCAGUGUGGAGACCAUCACGGUUAUUUGAGCCUCUCUCAAAUGAGGAUAUGAAGGCAUUUAAAGCUUCGUAUCGAGCUGUAAAAGAUGCCUGCUGGUUCCCAGGAGGAAGAGGAGGUGCCAUGGCAAUACAUACAUUACCAGACUUUGGCAGAAAAACCCAAGAGGCCUGUGAAAGCUCAGAAAGUUCCAGAUGGUUGAAGGAACAGAUUCCAGGGAAAGCCGACCCAGACCGCUUGGAGAUAAAGCGCCAGCAUUUCCGGCACGUCUGUUACCAGGAGAUCGAGGGGCCCCGGUCAGUUCUGGGUGAACUACAGAAACUUUGCCACCAGUGGCUGGUGCCAGAGAAACACACCAAGGAGCAGAUUGUGGACCUGGUGGUGCUGGAGCAGUUUCUGACCAUCCUGCCUCUGGAGAUGCAGAUCUGGGUAUGCAAAAAUGGGCCCGCCACCUGCACCCAGGCUCUGGCCUUGGCUGAAAACUUCCUCUUGAGGUUACAAGAGGCUGAGAACCAGGAACAAAAAAGGUCUGGAUUACUGGAAGAAGCAUUUGUUAAUUCCCCUACAUCGGAGCAGGAUCCAUCAGACGCUGUAGAGAGCUGCCUCUCUACAGAGGAAGAGGAGGAUGCGGAAGAAGAAGAAGAGGAUAAAGCCCAAGAGGAGGGGGACAAGAGUCUUUUGCUGGGACAUGAACAGCGUGUGCAAGAGAAGGCAGAGAAAGCGGCCUUCCUGCUGGGAAUCUCUGAGCCUAUGGAGUGGGGAUUGCCCCUGGACAGAACCACAGGAAAGCUUUUCCCAGGUCCUGAGACUGAAGAAAUAUUUGGCAACCGGCAAGGAAACUAUCCAGGCAAAACAGCAAAACAAGCCCUUUGCUCUGUGGAAACAGAGAACAAAAGGAGCUUCCAGGAGGGAACCAUUGGCCAGAAGAAGAGGGCAAAGAGCAGUGCUGAAAAUGGUCUUCGCCAGAGCUUUGGCUUCCUAAAGAAUCAGAAAGUUCAGACCGUGGACAAGCCUCCACGGUGUGCCCCCUGCGGCGAACGCUUCCAGAAGAGGGCUUGCGGAGAGCAGCCAUGCAAAUUACCUCAGCGUGGGAGUGAGCUACCCAGGUGCAUCACCUCACUGAGGCGUGACGAAAGCUCACCUGAUAGCCAGGAGGCCGGCUGUAGGUCUAAGGCUAAAAAGAGAGGCCUUGAGUGUGAACACUUUUUACCACUGAGCUCUGACCGCUGGAAAGUGGCCAAAGGAGAAAAACUGUCCAAAGGCACUGCAUGUGGGGAAAGGGUCUCAUGGGGAUCAUCCUUCUCAAGUCGUGAGAAGAAUGACCAUGCAGGGAAACCACACCAGUGUUUUGAUUGCGGCAAACGUUUCAGUCAGAAAGGAAACCUCAAUAUCCAUAGGAAAACCCACACAGGGGAGAAACCAUACCCGUGCUCAGAGUGUGGGAAAUGCUUUGUGACUAACUCUCGGCUGCUCACACACAAGAGGGUACACACGGGAGAGAAGCCGUACAACUGUUCGUACUGCGGCAAUAACUUCAGCCAGCUGGCCCACUUGGUUCAGCACCAGCGGAGGCACACUGGGGAGAAACCCUACAGUUGCCCCUACUGUGGGAAAAGCUUCAGCGUGAAAGCCAACCUCAUCACACACCAGCGCACCCACACGGGGGAGAAGCCGUACGAAUGUUCUGAGUGUCCGAAAAGCUUUGUUUCUAGUUCCGAUCUUAAAAAACAUAAAAGGGUACACACAGGGCAACUGUAUACAUGAGUUAGAGUUUCAGAUUUUAUUGUAGUCAUUCCUAUUAAUGUAGACAAGGAAUCCUCACAUGUCUUGAAAGGAACCCUUGGCACACUGUGAGGAAAAAAUAAAAGCUC